UCACGGCUCCAAGGCUGCGCACAAAGGAGGAAGAAAAAAAAGUGCCUGUGUAAGCAAAAAAUGAGAAAGUUGUGAGAGCUUGGGGUGAAAGGAAAAAGAAAGAAGGGGAAAAAACUGCAGACGAGCAGAAGCAACACACACAGGAGGACCUUUGAGAAACUUUGAGCAAGUUUUGAAGACAUCCGCGGGCUUUCAAAAUGGGUUUAGUGUCCAUUUUUGUGAGUGUGUUUUUGCUCCAUUUCAGCCACUUUAAAUCAACAUCAGCUGCCCCUUCUCCUAUCAUCAAGUUUCCCGGCGAUGACACUCCCAGGACAGACAAAGAAGUUGCACUGCGCUACCUGAACACGUUCUAUGGGUGCCCGCAAGACAGAUGCAACCUGAUGGUGCUCAAGGACACCUUGAAGAAAAUGCAAAAGUUCUUCUCCCUGCAAGAGACGGGCGAGAUUGAUGCCAAGACUGUGGAGAUCAUGAAGAAGCCCCGCUGUGGUGUGCCAGAUGUGGCCAACUACAACUUCUUCCAUAGAAAACCUUUGUGGCAGAAGAAAGACAUCACCUAUAGAAUCCUCGGCUACUCUCCGGAUCUGGAUGAGGAAGUUAUCAAUGAUGCUUUCUUCAGAGCCUUCAAAGUGUGGAGUGAUGUCACGCCGCUCUCAUUCAAUCGCCUCAUGGACGGCGAGGCUGACAUUAUGAUCAAUUUUGGCCGUAACGAGCACGGCGAUGGUUACCCAUUUGAUGGCAAAGAUGGCCUCUUGGCUCACGCCUUUGCCCCCGGUCCAGGAAUAGGCGGCGACUCACACUUUGACGACGACGAGCAGUGGACACUGGGAGAGGGCCAAGUGGUGAAGGUGAAAUUCGGCAACGCGGAUGGAGAGUUCUGCAAAUUCCCCUUCCUGUUCCAGGGUACCGAGUACAACAGCUGCACAUCCCAGGGCCGCGACGACGGCUUCUUGUGGUGCUCCACCAGUUACAACUUUGAUGACGAUGGCAAAUACGGCUUCUGUCCUCAUGAAUUGCUCUUCACCCUGGGUGGAAACGGCGAUGGCGCCCCUUGUAAAUUUCCCUUCACCUUCCAGGGUGAGAAGUAUGACAGCUGCACCACCACGGGCAGAGAUGACGGCUAUCGCUGGUGUGCAACUACUGAGAAUUAUGACCAGGACAAAACCUACGGCUUCUGCCCUGAAACCGCUAUGACAACCGUGGGAGGGAACAGUGAAGGCGGCCCCUGCGUCUUCCCCUUCACCUUCCUGGGAGACACUUACGACUCCUGCACCACGGCCGGACGCAGUGAUGGCAAGAAGUGGUGCGGCACGACCAAAAGUUACGAUGACGACCGCAAGUGGGGUUUCUGCCCAGACCAAGGCUACAGUUUAUUCCUGGUGGCUGCUCAUGAGUUUGGCCAUGCCCUUGGGUUGGAGCACUCCGAUGACCCUGGCGCACUCAUGGCCCCCAUCUACACCUUCACCAAGGAUUUCAGACUCUCUAGCGAUGAUAUCAAGGGCAUCCAGGAGCUCUACGGCAUUCCCACAGACAAGCCUCUACCUCCAACCGAGGGACCCGUGACCCCCAUGGACAUCUGUACGGAGCCCAUUACUUUUGAUGCUGUUGCCCAAAUUAGAGGAGAGACGUUCUUCUUCAAGGACAGGUUCCUGUUCAGGUCAGUAAACUUCAGAAGCAAGCCCAAUGGACCAAUGCUGGUGGCCACCUACUGGCCUGACCUGCCCAGCAAGAUAGACGCCGUCUAUGAAAACCCAGUGGAGGAGAAAACAGUCUUCUUCUCAGGCAACGAGAUGUGGGUGUACAAGGCUGAUGAAUUGGAGAGAGGCUACCCCAAGAGCCUCGACAGCCUCGGCCUGCCAAGCGACCUGGAACAGAUUGACGCCGCUUUCAGCUUCAGGAAGAACAGGAAGACGUACCUCUUUGCAGGGGAGCAAUUCUGGAGAUACGAUGAAAAUACAAAGACAAUGGACAGCGGUUUCCCCAAACUCAUUGCUGAAGCUUGGAAUGGCAUCCCUGAUGGUGUUGAUGCUGCCUUCAGUCUCAGCGGAAUUGAUUACAGCUGCUUCUUUGCAAGCAAGUAGAUUCAAGUUUACCUC